AUGGUAAAACAACUCAGAUAUUGUGAUAGAAAGGUGCAGUUUUGGGCUCAGGUUAAGGCCAAGGGUAGAAAGAAUUCAAGAAAAUCUGAACUUAGGCCUAUAAUCACUGAUGCAGACAUUAUCAGUUUAGUUGAAGAGGUUCCACCAAACAAGGAGUUAGAUAUUUUUGUUGAACAUUUAUUUGAUGAUCAAUGGGAUUAUGAUGUAGAGAUUUCUAGGGAAUUGGGAGAUGAUUGCCUAUUGUAUGAUGAAAUAAAUCAGAGUAGUGACAAUGAAGUUGAAGUUGAGGUUGGAGGUGAAAAUGAAGGUGAGGAACACAAUGUUAUGGACAAUCUUAUGAACACUGGAACUAGUUCUAAGCAUGCAAAUCCUGAUGGUGUGGUGGAAGGUGAUGAAGUGAAUGAAGUUGAUUGUGAAUUAUCUGAAGAGAUUUUCAGGAGUUUGGAAAAUUCUGAUGAUUCUGAUGGAGGAGUUCUAGACAAUGUUUUCCAAGAAAGAAACAUGAAAAAAGAAGGGUUUAAGUUUGUUCUUGGGAUGAUUUUCAAAUCAGCAGAUGAGUUUAAAUGGGCUGUUAAGUGUCAUGAGGCAAUGAAGAGAAAAGAUAUUCUGUUUAAGAAGAAUGAAGGCAGAAGGGUCAGACCAAAAUGUACAAAGAUGAUUUUAAACUCAGAAUGGGGAAGAAUACAAUUUCAAGAACAUGUGAAGGCAAAGUUGAAGUGUCAGGUUACCAAACACCAGGCUUAUAGGGCUAAACACAAAGCUCUAAAGCAACUACAAGGUGAUGAUUCAGAACAAUUCAAUUUACUGAAUGAUUACUGUGAGGAGUUAAAAAGAAGCAAUCCUGGUUCUUCUGUGAAGAUGAAGGUUGAUAGUGAGUUCAGUGUUAAUGGAAGACCUAGGUUCUUGAGAUUAUAUGUUUGCUUUGCAGCCUGCAAAGAAGGGUUUUUGAGAGGGUGUAGACCCUUUUUUGGGUUAGAUGGUUGUCAUCUAAAGGGAUGCCAAAAGGGAGGGCAACUACUGAGUGCUGUGGGUGUUGAUGGUGAUAACAGCUUAUUCCCUAUAGCCUUUGCUAUAGUAGAGGGAGAAAACAAGGACAGUUGGUAUUGGUUUUUGGAGUUAUUGGACAAUGAUCUCAAUAUAUCAAGUAAUUCUAGUGCUUGGACACUUAUUUCUGACAAACAAAAGGGACUCAUACCUGCUGUUGAGGAGUUGUUCCCUGUAAUGGAGCAUAGAUUCUGUGUUAGACAUAUGCAUGCUAACUUUCAAAAGGAUGGCUUCACUGGACAUGUAUUGAAGUUGAAAUUCUGGGCAGUUUGUAAAGCAACAACAGAACCAGAAUACAAGAGGCAAAUGGAUGAGUUAAAAGAGUUGAAUGAUAAGGCUGCUGAGUGGUUAGCUGCAAGAGAUGCUAAACAUUACUGUAGGGCAUACUUUAGUACAUUUCCAAAGUCUGAUAUGCUGUUGAAUAAUUUGUGUGAAGCAUGGAAUAGCACUAUCCUUAAUUUCAGAGACAAACCUAUUCUAACUAUGUGUGAGAAGUUAAGGAUUUAUCUUAUGACUAUGAUGCAAAAAAAUAGAGAAAGAAUGAAGUCUCAUCCAAUGAAGAUUUGUCCUAAGAUAUGCAAGUUGAUGGAAGAGGAAAAGGACAAGGCAUUUAGGUACAGCACUUAUAAGUCCAGUGAAAACAUUUACCAAGUAGAUGAUGACAACUUUAAGGCCUUCACCGUGGAUUUAACACAGAGACAAUGCAGUUGCAGAAGAUGGGAUCAGACAGGCAUCCCUUGUAGUCAUGCCAUUGCAGCUAUUAGAAAACAAAGAGAAAGCCCAGAAGACUAUGUAUCUGAGAUGGCAGAGGUAGUGCAGAACCAAGGCCCUCCACUCUCAAAUUUUAUUGCUUCACAACUGCCAACUGGAAGUGCUACUGGAAAUGUCAUCACAAGAUCAGGGAAGACCUAUGUUACUGUUUCAACCCUACAACAACAGAAUGCAGCCCAGAGAGAGACCAGAAAAAAGAGAACAACUCAAAAGAAGAAGCAAAACUGA